UGCUGCAUGGUGAAAGCACUGCUUUUCUGCUUCCUGACUGAAACACCUUUUCUGACAGUGAUGUCAUCCUCAACCCCACUCCUGUCUAAGGAGUUGUUCCAGUGCUCAGUUUGUCUAGAUGUUUUCACUCAUCCUGUGUCCCUCCCAUGUGGCCAUACAUUUUGCCAGUCAUGUAUCCUUGCACAGUGGACUGCAUCUAGCUCCUCCCACUGCCCCAAAUGCUCCACAGUUUUCCAGGAAACACCAGAGCUCCGCGAAAAUUCUUUUGCCCGUGAGAUGGCCGAGCAAAUCCGCAAGCAGAAGGGUCAGAGGUCAUCAGAGUAUCAUCCAGUUGCAUCGGACAACAUUUUAUGUGACAUGUGCCCAUUAGAGAAAGCGUCCCGUGCUGUAAAAUCAUGCCUGGUGUGUGUGGCGUCAUAUUGUGAGGUUCAUGUGACUUCUCACACCUCCAGGUUCACCAAGCACACGCUGGUGCAGCCGCAGCGGAUGGACAAGCGGAUCUGCAGGAUACACGAAAGACCCUUGGAGCUUUACUGCAGAUAUGACCAGUCUGCUGUUUGUGUGCUGUGCAUGAAUACAGAACACAGCACACACCACACAAUACCAGUGGAGAGAGAAUGGGCAGAGAGAAAGACUCAGUUAUUAAAGACACAGUCUGACCUGAAGCAGAUGAUUAUGGAGAGAUGGAGUAAAGUCGAGGAACUCAGGCACUCUAUAAAACUAAAUAAAGAGAACACAGAAAGAGAGAUGGCAUACAGUGUCGAGGUCUUCACCGCACUGCAGCAGUUUAUUGAGAGGAGCCAGACUAAGCUAAUCAAGAAGAUGAAACACGUGCAGAAAACUGAAGAGAAACGUGUAGGGAGCCUCAUUAAAGAGCUGGAGAUGGAGAUCGCUAAACUGAACGCUAGAAACUCUGAACUGGAAAAGCUGUCAUGUUCUGAAGACCACCUCCACCUUAUACAGGCUUUCCGUAGCCCAAGUGAGGUUCCUCAAUGUAAAAGUUGGACACAGGUCAGUGUGCACACCCUUCAGGGUCUGGAGGUGCUCAGAGAAACCCUGAAUUCUGCAGAAGAACUACUGAAAACACAAAUAUACACUGUCACAAAGAGAGGUUACUAUUUAUUUUUGUUGUAA